UCAUGUGGUCACGUGACUUUUGGUUUCGCGUCGGUGCGGAAGGAAACGAGCUGCACCGACGCUGCAGCCCGAGGAGAAAACUUUGACGAACGACUGGAAAAAGGGAAGAAACCAGCAUUUCUGGAUAGACGAGGAGCCUGACUGAGAUGCUGGGAGCGUCCAGCACGGAGACUAAAGACCUAAUGUGAACACAGCUGGGAAGAGGUUUUAUUUAAGCGGGACUCAAGAGCAUCUGUGGUCCAGAUGAAGUGCCUGCUGAUAGCCAGUGAGAGCGCAGAGAUCCUCUUUCACUGGACCGAUCAGGAAUUUCAGCAGAAUGUCCAGGAGAAGUACAGCUCGUCCCAGGAAGAGGGCGAGGGGCUUCCAGCCUUUGAAGACAUCAUUAGCACUCUGUUUGCCCCCAUCAUUAUCUCCUGCGGCACCAUGGUGUACAGACAGGGUGACAGCUACACCUCCUUCACCACAGAGAACAACCACAUCUACGCACUGUGCCAGUUCGAUGAGUGUCUCUACAUUGCUGUGAACGGUGACGGUGAGGAGAAGGAGGAUGAUUUGAGGAGAAAGCUCUAUGUGCUGAGAAAGAUGACUGAAGUGAUGUUUGGCAUGGUGACCCUCAGCGGUAGCCUCCUCAGAAAAGAACUGCGUCCUCAGGAUACAGAACAAAGAGUGAGGCUGUGGAAACAUCUGCAGAGCCUCGUAGAGACCUACAACUACCUCAGAGAGAGUGACCAGAGUUUCUUAGUGGAGGCAGUGGAGAGGCUAAUCCACCCCACGCUGUGUGAGCAGUGCAUCGAGUUCCUGGAGCGCCGUUUAGUUCAGCAGAUCAAUAGCUCAUCACUAGUGGAGAGAGCAGGAGAGGAGGUGCUGCACACCUUCAUCCUAGUUCACACCAAACUGCUCGCUUUCUACUCCAGCCGCACUGCAAGCACACUCAACACCUCUGACCUUUUAACCCUCAUCAUCAUGGCGCAGAAUAUGUAUCCCAGCAACGUAGAACUGGAUGAACCGAGUCCUGAGGAUGCUGAGAGCACAUCAGGUUCCGGCCCUGAGAGCUUUUACACACCAGAGCCCUCCCCUUCCAGCAGAGACUCUAGCAGUUCAGAGCGGCCCGCCAGAGGAAGUUCUCCAGUGUUCGAGUUUGUGGACCCAGACAUUCAGAUGGCAGAGGACAGCUUGCACACUCUGGAAAUUGGUCCGCCUGACCCUUCAACCCCUCGUCGGGUCUUUCUUGAACUCAAAGACGGGCAGUUGCCCAUGGUGCCUCACUCCAUGUACUGCCUCCCCCUGUGGCCUGGCAUCACGUUGGUGCUGCUAACUAAGGUUCCCAACAUUCAAAUAACCCGGUCAGUGUAUUCAUUUCUGGAAGACUUUACCAAACUAGAAAAGUGUUUAAAUGAAGGCCAAGCUGGUUCUGGUGCUGCCAGAGGACAACUGAACAUGCACAACACCAGAAGCAAACUGGAUAAGUUCAUCAGAGACUUGGGUCCAAGUGAAUUACAGUGUGUUCAGUUGCUUAAUGUCUGGACAGAGUUUAAGAACCGAGCCUUCACCAGAGGAGGAUCUGGGUUCAAUAAGGACCUGAUCCCUUUGUGUAAGAGUAUGAAGACCAGGCUGUGUAGCCUUUACCGUCAGCGAUUUCUUACUGACACUGGGUCAUCUGAUGGUCCUCGAUGUCUCUCGCCUGCUCUGCAGGAACGAGCACAGACUAUGGUCCAAGAGAAACUAAUGGACUGGAAGGACUUCCUGUUGGUAAAAAGCAAGAGGAACGUCACCAUGGUUUCAUAUCUGGAGGAAUUCCCAGGCCUCGUCCAUUUCAUUUGGGUAGACAGAUCAUCGGGGCAAAUUAUCGCUCCAUCACUUAACAUCACAGAGCGGACCACGUCAGAGCUGGGGAAGGGACCGGUGGCUCGUUACAUCAAGAGCAAGGUGUGGGGCCUAGUCAGAACGACACGACAGUAUCUGCGGAAGGGUUACUCCACUGUCACACUGCGUGAUGGAGACUUCUACUUCUGCUACUUCCUGUGGUUUGAAAACGAAAACGGCUACAAGCUGGAGGCUGGAGACAUACCAAUCCUACCUGAUGACUCUCCACCCAUUGGGAUGCUUGGCUAUGACUACUAUAGGAAGCUGCUCCGGUACUAUGGCAAGAAUCACCAGGGGGAGGCAGUGAAGUGCUACGAGCUCCUGACCGUGCACCUGGGAGUCAUUCCCACUGAGAUUAUCCUCCAGCACUGCAGACAGCUUGCAAGCAAAUUAUGGGAACCCUCGCGCAAUCCAUUGCUUUAGAUUUACCCAUGUAUCAGUUUUACCCAAACUGUAAUGGAAAGAAAAUCUUCCAUUUAUGUAUACUGUGUGCACCUGUUUGAUGUUUCAUAUGUUUCAAUCAUCCAAGGGGAAGUAACUUAUGUUAUGUCUUGGAAGCACACGUCUACAAAUUACUACACAACGUUGUUGUGUAAAUAUGCAGUGUUUUUUAUGGGCUAUGCAAAGAACAUUACUUUUUAGUUUUUGAUCAGUCUAUGACCUGUAAUAAAAUUACAAAUGUAAGUUGUCAUCACAUGCUUUUUUUAAAGGUUUACAUUUU